AUGUAUAGCAACAGCAACACUCGAUCAAACUCAUACCAAUCCAGACCCAUCCUCAUCAACAACAACCAACAACAACAACAACAACAACAACCAAUCAGAAACCUAUCAGCAUUCGACAGGCCAACAACCCCAUCAACAACAACAACAACAAACUACACUGCAGGAUCAUACAACAACAGCACCACUUGGCCCGAAAACUACAACAACCACUACCACUACUCACCACAACCACAUCUCAGAUCAAUCAUCAACCAACAACCACUCAGAUCAUCUCCAACACCAACACCAACACCACCACCACCACCACUACUAACCCAACACCACCACCACCACCACCACCAAAACAGAAACAUCCCCUAUAGCAACAGACCAGACAGUCGAUCCUCAUCCAUCAAUACCCACCAACCACCACCACAUCAUCAUCAUCAUCACCCACAAACUCAAACACACACCCCACCCAACCCAUACGCCAUUCCGAACAGCCCAUCCGAGCAAUGGCCGCGCCAGUGGGCCUGGACCGGCGUCGAGAUCCCCAUCCAUAACCUAAGAGCACUCAGAGACUCAAUCGAACAGCCACUCAACCCUCUCCAUCGCGAGGCACUCUCCCCCGAAGAACACGACACCCUCGGCUCCUCCGGAGAGGUGCUCAGCUAUAGCUUUGGAAGCGAUCGAUGGAAGGUCGAAGUCGUCAAAGGACAUAACCGACGUCCCUCCGCCCCUUCAACCCCAACCAAGACCACCCACCAACCCGGUCCAAAUCGGAACAAUAAUACUCCCAACAAACCAUCCCCCUCUGGAGGAGGAGCACCCUUAUCAUACAACGACCAGGAGCGACUUUCGCUCUAUCUGACCUGCCACGAGCUCGAGGUCGACUGGCCCGUCUCCCGCUCCAUCUCCACCUCCAUCCUCAUCGCCAUCAAGGAACCCAGGAUCCCCGUCCAUCGUCAUCCGAUCACCGACCUCGGAUCCUCCGCCGAGGGUUGGAUCUGGCGCACCUAUUGCGACGAGCAUCGUUUCGAACGCGAACGCGAACUCUGGGAAUGUCAUGACUUUCCCGCGCUCUCUAGUCUGUUGGAUAAUCCUAGAGUCGCUCUCUUCGACUCGUUCAUCCUCUCCAUCCAAAUCGGCUCCCCCGCGACGGUCUCGAUCCCCCAGAUACCCAAUGCGAGCUAUGUGCCCCAUUCGAUUUUGGAUAGUCUAGAGUCCUUGAUCGAUGAUCCAAACACCUCUGACCUCCAGAUCCUAGUGACAGAGAUCGAAGAAGAGGAGGCCGACAGUCCCGCAUUCUCGGGGCUAGAAGCAGCGGGCGGAGGGGCGAUGAAUAGUCGGUUCAGGAAGCGGAUCCUGUAUGCCCAUUCCAGCAUCCUCAGCUCUCGCUCGGACUAUUUCGGGACGAUGUUGGCCGACGAAGCGGCCGGUGGGGGGUGGGCCGAGGCCGGCUCCCGUCCCGCUCCUUCAUCCGAUCACUCCUUGGGCAUUCCCCCGUUUGGACGCAAGUUGGGCUUGAUCCGGAUCGCCGACUUCGACUUUGUGACCGUCUAUUGGUUGAUCCGAUGGUUGUAUUCGAAUCGGAUCUUCUUUAGCGACGAAGAGGAUGUGCGAAAGCAGUGUCAACUGGGCGCGAUUCUGGGCAGCUACCAAGACGAAGCGUUGCGGGCGGGGCAAGCUACCGAUGGGCAGGCAGGAGCAGGCGAGGGAGAAGAAGAAGAGGAGGAGGAGGAGGAGGAUAGAGGAGGGAAUGGGGAAGGAAAUGGGGAGCGAUGGGAGUGGCAGAGGUUUGGCGAGCCCGUCGUGGGCCCGGCGGGCGAGGAUGCCGAAGCCGAGGCUUCGCGGCUCGCCCAUCCGUUCCAUCCCGCCUCGCGCCACCCCUCGACCCUGCCCCCGUUCCCGCCCUUCUCGGCCUCCCCGAAGCCGGCCGCGUCGCCGGUCCUCUCCACAUCGGAUGUCGCAACGGGCUCGGGUUCGGGGCCCGGACAUCCGGGCCCAGAUGCUCCUAAGCCAUCCGGGGCCAGUCGGCCGGCCGCACAUCGAUCGGCAACCUGGAUCCCCGGAGACCCACACGCUCAUCCGGUCCAAAUGAUGCCCAAAGCUUCGGCGUUCUCCAUCUAUCGGCUCGCCCAUCGCUACGAACUCCAUUCGUUGAAGAACCUCGCUAUCACUCAUCUUUCCGCGACUUUCAAUCCCGUUUCCGCGUUUCCCAUCCUCCUCGCUAGCUUCGUCUUCCCCGAGCUGCAUGCUAAAGUCAAGGCUUAUUGUUUGGCCAACUACUUUGAGAUCCUGAGCCAGCCCGAGUUCAGUCGCUGUUACUCCGAGGUCGGCGACGGGUUGUGGGAACAUGGCGGCGAGUUGAUGCCUGGACCGGCCGCCGCCGCUGCUAAUCCGGUCUAA